ACCCAAAAAGAACCAGAAAGAAUAAGUCUUGAAUCUCUUGAUGCGAUGGUGGGAUCAAUCCAAGAAGGAGUCUUGUCAAUGUCUUCAUCUUCUUCCUCCACAACCACAAGCAACGGAACCGACUCCGACGAUUCGCUCAGCCCAUCCGCCUCAUCCAAAAGCUUCGUCCUGACCACUCUCCGUCCGCCGCCGAUCACCGGCGCGUACAAGCCACUCGCCGUCCUCUCCGCUCACGUAGGCUCUGUUUCUUCAUUGGCGCUAUGCGGCGAGUUCUUGCUGAGCGCGUCUCAGGGAAAGGAUAUCAUCGUCUGGCAACAGCCAGAUCUCAAGAUCUUCGCGAAAUUCGGACAAGGCGAUGGGUCUGUGAAGGCUCUGGUUAGCGUGGGAAGCAAGGUGUUCACGGCGCAUCAAGACAGCAGAAUCAGAGUCUGGAAAGUAUCUCGAAGAAGCUCCGAGAACGCUUUCAGGCUUGUCGAUACGCUUCCCACGACCAAAGACUACUUGGGGAAGUUUAUGAAACAGAGUAAUUACGUUCAGACGAGGAGGAACCACAAGCGUCUUUGGAUAGAACACGCAGACAGCAUUUCUUGCCUUGCGGUCCACGCCGGGAUAAUCUACUCCGGGUCGUGGGAUAAGACACUUAAAGUCUGGAGAUUGUCGGAUCUCAAGUGUCUUGAAUCGAUCAAGGCUCACGACGACGCAAUCAAUGGCCUUGUCGCCGGAGAAGGCAGAGUAUACUCUGCGUCUGCGGAUGGGAAGAUCAAGAUUUGGGGGAAAGAGAAGAGAAAGCAGAUUGAUUCUCCUUUGUCUUCGUCUUCUUCUUCUUGUUUACAUGUUCUGAAGGCGACAUUGGAGGGACGUGCGGAGGUUUCAGUGAACUCGGUGGUGGUUUCCGGCGAUGGGAAAUGGGUAUACGGGGGAGGAUCAGAUGGGUUUGUGAUGGGAUGGGAGAAGAGAGAGAAAGGAGGAGACUUUGAGGAAUGGAGAUUAGGGUUUGAGACGAGAGGGCAUAAGAUAGCAGUUCUGUGUAUGUGUGUGGUUGGGGAGAUGGUGUGUAGUGGAUCGGCUGAUAAGAGCAUUGGACUGUGGAAGAGAGAAGCCAGUGGCAUGCUCUGUAAAAUUGGAGUCAUUCAAGGGCAUGAAGGUCCGGUCAAAUGCUUGCAAGCUUCUCCCAACAAUGUUGGUACUGGCUUCAUGCUUUACAGUGGAGGACUUGACAAGAGCAUCAGGGUUUGGUGGGUCCCAAAACAAGACAACGUAGAAGAGAAGAAGAAGUCAAGUUUUAAGACAUUGUUGAUGAAUCAGGGUUGAGUGAAAGAUACAGUAUACUAUUUGGUGUUUUUUUUUUCCUUGGAUUUUCAUAUACGUUUUGGUUUAUAUAUGUAAUUUGUUAUUCAAUUUGUAAAAUCAA